AUGGUGAUUUUUAUAGAAGAAGUUCGGAAACACGAAUGUUUGUGGAAUCCAACAUCCCCAUAUUAUAAAGAUUCAGAAAAAAGAGAAGACUCCUGGCGCGCCAUUAUACAAACAACAAAGAUGGAAAACACCAAAGUAGCGAAAAAUACUUGGAAAAAAUUGCGAGACAUCCAUAGGGAAGCCUUAAUAAGACAGAAGGAUGGAAAAAGUGGUCAAGCUGCCAACAACACGCGUCUUUGGAAAUUCCAGAAAAUUAUGGAAUUCCUUGUUCCAUACAUGCAAAAUAGGAACACAACUGAAUAUUAUUCCCAAGAUAAUUCACAGGUGUCUCAAGAAAGUAAUCAUACUCAAGUUUCGGAAUUGGACGAGGACAACUUUGAAGUAGAAAACGAAAAUGAAAACCGCCAAUCUUCUAAUAUAACUGCUGCAAGUUCCGAAACCACGUCACAAAAUACAAGCACACUUUAA